UUAAAAGUCCUGUGAGAAGAAAAAUAAAUUUUCUCUUUGGGGUGUUAUGCGCGUCGACACUGACAGUAUACCCCGGUACUUUCUGCACACCCCGUUAUAAAAUAAUGUGAACUUUAUAGACAAAACGAGGUUUAGGAUGUCAGACUCUCCUUGGUGUUUUUAACUUGUUUACGUCGAAGAGGUGCAGCUGUCGAGGGGAGAAGAUCAGCUGAUGCAGCCAGGUGAGGUGCAGGCGGAGGGAUGAAUGGCUGAUGUUGGAGGGAAGCUGGCUGCUUAGUGGAGGAUCCUCCGUUUGUCUCAUAUUACACUGACUGCGCAUCGUCGUCCCGUCUCCCGCGGCCUGUGAGCGGAUGAAUGCCAAAGCCUCUGAUUUCACCAUCGCCAAAAGGACUCCAUGUCUUUCUUGGGCAUGUCUCACCUGUGCUCCUUACCCUCCCCUUCCCGCCCUUCACCAGGACUGUUCCUGCAUCUCCCACGCUCAGGUCCAGCCCUUGGACAUAGAGGAGCGCUAUGAGGACAUCAGCCACCAGUUCCUGAGCUGUGACAGUUCUGAAUAUACUCUGCAAGGGCCAGCAGGUGGCGAUGACGUCACAGGGCUGUCAGCCGAGCCAGCCCACUACCAGCUACUGUCUGAGCUGGGGAGGGGCUUCAAUAACCUGAGCCAGGUGAACAUGGCACGCCACAUCCCUACUGGCCAGCUGGUGGCCGCCAAACAUACCAACCUGGAUGAGUGCACUGAGGAGGAGCUGCUGCAGCUCAUGAACGAGGUUCUGCUUACCAGGCUGUUCCGUCACCCCAGCCUGCUGACCUCUCGUCUGGUUUUCAGCUCCUGCUGCCAGCUAUGGGUCCUCACACCGCUCAUGGCCUAUGGCUCUGCAGAUACCUUACUAAGAACAUAUUUCCCAGAUGGAAUGAGUGAAUCCCUGAUAGCAUACCUGCUGUACGGCGUGCUGAAGGCGCUGGAAUACCUGCACCGGAUGGGCUACGUUCACCGGGGGGUGAAGGCCAGUCAUAUACUGCUGUCAGGGGAGGGGCGUGUCUACCUCUCAGGGCUCCACUGUGUUUACAGUAUGAUGCGUGAAGGCAAGAGGAUGAGGGCAGUGUUUGACAUGCCCCACCACAGCCCCGCCUUGUUGCCCUGGCUCAGUCCUGAACUACUGCGACAGGACCUGCAUGGUUACGGAGUGAAGUCAGAUAUCUACAGUUUAGGUAUCGUGGCCUGUGAACUGGUCAGCGGCAGGGUGCCUUUCCAGGACAUGCCCCCGACUCAAAUGCUUCUUCAGAAGCUGCGCGGCUCCCACUGCUGCCUGCUGGACGUGGCUCCCUUCCCGUUGGGAGAGCUGGGGGGCCUGAAGGUGUCGCGGUCCGGGGUGGACUCCGGCAUCGGGGAGAGCGUGGCCACGGGAAGUCUGACACACAGCGCCACCGCUCCUCCUGCCGACCGACCUCAGAGCCCAGGACCCAAAAACCACUCGGCCACCCUGCACAACCUGGUCCAGCUAUGUCUGCAGCAGCAGCCCGAGCGCAGACCGUCAGCGUCUGCACUGUUGACCCAUGCCUUCUUCAAGCAGGUAAAGAGGCACACCAGAGACUCCUUCCUCAGCCUCAUGUACCCAGCAGUGCCGCUCACCAGCCCCGAGGACGCGCCGGUAUCCUGCCCGCCCACCCCGUCCUGCCAUGCUUCAACGUCAACCUCCGAGGCUGUGUGGGACUUCUCCUAACCCCAGUUCUUUACCCCCAAAAUCUCCCAAUCCUGACUAGCAAGCCAAACACAAGACAAUCAAAGCAAGGCCAAAUUCUACUGUGCUUUUAUUUUGUAUUAUUAACCCGACUCUCUGAGCCUUUUUUAAGUAGUUUUGUAGUUUUUUAUAUGUUUGUCUGAUGCAUAUGUGGAGUUCGGGUCAUGGGUUUGAGACACAACUGUGAAAGUGCUGGAUCAAAGACGCUGCUCUGAUCAUAUAAAAUGAUAUUAAUAAUGGACUGUCAACGAGUCCCAGGACAAAACACUAAUCAGUUGACUAAUAAUCACGCACUUCCUCUGAGUUAAAAGGCAACUAUGACUUAAAGGAAAACUCCACCCAGAAAUACUUAACGUUUAAAUCAGCUAUUUGUGCUAAAAUGUAAAUGCCUGGGAACAUUGUUUUUACAGUGUACUUUUCAUAUUUCUAUGGAUAAUGGUUAUUUUCUGGGUGACUGACCUGUUCUUCUCUGUUAAAGUCAUUCAGAAAAAUGAAGGACCUUGUUAACUGAAUCAUAAAUGCAUAAGUGAAUACACUACAACAUGUAAAUCCUAAAAGUUACUGACAGAAAUGAUGUGAGGGUGGAUUUUUCCUUUAAAUUGUUAUUCUGUAUUCAUACUGUGAAUAGUGAAUACUGAGGUACAUAAAAAGAUAUUUACAACACACGUGCAUAUAUAUUCAUCUAUAUAAGAGGUUUUCAAACUGUGAGUUGAAGGGGGCUGCGGAGUGAGAGGCGUGAGCAGCCAUUUGUGUCAAAAAUCGCACUCUUAUCAUAUUUUAGAUACAGAGUGACUUACACUUUCCGAGGAAACCAUUAUCUCUGAUGCCCAUCGAGAAUAAACGUUCACAGAUCUGCUUAGAAAUUAUAGGAAAAAAAACCCACUCCUUAGUAAGUUGCUGCAAACAGGAACUGCUAAUAGGUAAUACUUUUAAUUAGGGUUGAGCGAGUACUCUGCUGAAACGAGUAUCCGGUACAGAUAAUGUGGUUUUUACGAGUAGGAGUAUCAUCAGACUAUAUGUGUCAAUAUCUGUAUUCUAAUAAACAACAUAUACAUAGGAACUUUUAGUUUUAAAAAAACAUGUUCUCUUACUAUUGUGAUUAAAAACGUUGCCCUGAAGCGUAAUUCUGAGGCUGUUCUGAGGCUUCAACCAAUCGAUUUCAGGUUUAAGUUAAUCAACCGGCGUCCGUUUAAACCCCACCCAUUCUUCAUACAGAUACGGAUAAAGAUAAUUUAGUUGGUUGGGCAGAUACAGACAAUGAGAGCAUGAUUAAGCCCCGAAUUUAUAUAUGCAUUGAUUUAUUUCAUUCUGAAUUGAAGUCUACACACUCUCCCAAAUUUUAGGCGUUAUUACCUUGAUGCCAGUUUGAGACUGUAUCAGAAAUUAGACUUGAUUUAUUCAAAAUAUUCAGAAAACAAUCAAUUACGUAAAUACAUUUGUUUGUUUGAACAUAUAUGCACAUAGUGUUUAUGUAGGCCUAUAGUCACAUUAAAAUAUGUUCACGUGUUUGCCCAUGAGCAAAUAAGACAACUUUAGUAAAACAAGCAAUAGAAUAUAUCUAGUGUUCCAUGUAGGAGUUAGAAACCAUCCCUGCCCUGAUCAUUAGUGAUACACUAAAUAAUACUUCUACUGUGCUCUGUGACCACUUCUCCAACAAUGCCUUUUUAUUUGAAUGAAACCUGCAUUCUGAAUAUGGUGAUCUAUCUGUAACUGUGAUUAAGUGUACUGUGUAUGAGAACUGUGAUCAGUACAUAUCAAACAUGGUAGCUGUAUGAGCCUUAUAAAUAUAUACACAUAUUAUAAAUGAUAUGUAUAUACAAA